AUGGAUGAGUGGAAGACCCAGCGUAACCUCAUAGAGCUAGCCUUCAAGGGUAACAACAAGAAGGUCCCGACGCCGGACAUGACACGUUUGGAACACGCGCGCCAGGUCCUCAAGGAGCGUAUCGGCUGCGAUUUCACCAUCAUAUCGGUCGGCAAUGAGCAUGGCCUGGGUGGAGUCGAAUGGGCGGUUCAUUCUGCCUGGAUACUUGGAACUUCCCAGGCACUCCAGAAGGGGCUCUUCAUCGACGGGGUCAAGAAUCCAACAGCUCCAGCUCAUAUCCGACUCGAAUUUUCCCCCGUUAUCCUUGACCGCAUCGUAGAGCAUAUUUACUUGGGAACGUACCAUCUGGACAAGGGUGGCCGUCUCCUCGAACUUCACCAGGCCACAAAAGUCCCCACGCACGAUCGAUCGAUCCACGCUCUUCAAGAUAUGCCGUCUUACAAGGUUCAUCUCCAGAUGUACCUGAUGGGUGAAGCAUUCGAAUACCCGGCUUUGAUGGCGACGGCCUACGCUAAGAUGACGGAGCUGUGCAUUGUGAGGCGCAGGCUUCCUCCGAGCACAAUCAAGACGCUGGUGGAUCUGACAUAUGGGCCGCCGGGUACCAGGAUCUGCGAGGAUAAGGAUGGGCUGCUCCAGCAUCUCGUCGUAACCGCAGCUAUCGUCCAUGGCAAGAAGGAUUACACUGAGGAACAGGUAAACGAGCUUACGCACCUGACGAAGCACGACGUUGCGUUCUGCGCGGAUGCAAAGCAGGCCUUGGAGGAGCACUACAACUUGAUUGCUCUUCCAAAUGACCGCAAGGAGCAGGAGAGGCAGAAGAAGAGAAAGCGGAAGGCGUAA